GUCACAUCCUUUUCCUGCGGGGCGGAGGGUGGUGACUGAGGGGAAACUGUUUCCUGACUUUACACACUAGGAGGCAUUUGAGAAUUUGGAAAUUUGGACUCGGGUCACUAAAAUGAAGGCCCUCGGGUUCACAGCUGCUGGACUGCUUCUGACACCCACCUUCUGUCAAAAAGACAUGGAAAAUGACACCUUGGCAUUACCCAAAUUCAGCUAUUAAGACUCUUCACGGAGCUCCCCAAACUCUUCUGCAGACUUCCCCUUUUCUGACAGAGAAUGCUGGACAGCAGCCAACAUAACUGAAAAAAAUGAAGUGUUUCGAAGGAAAUGUUUCCAAUCUGCAUGUAAAUAAUGCUACCACAGGGCACCUGAGCAGUCCCUUAAGUUCCAAGGUGAUACCCACCAUCUACCUGUUGGUGUUUGUGGUUGGUGUGCCAGCCAACACUGUGACCCUGCGGAAAGUUUUCUUCAAGACCACCUCCAUUGCUAUCUUCCACAUGAACCUGGCCAUCGCAGACACUCUCUUCUGUGCGACACUGCCAUUUAAGGUAGCUUACCACCUCAAUGGGGACCACUGGGUAUUUGGAGAGGUCAUGUGCCAGGCCAUCACAGUUAUCUUCUACGGCAACAUGUACUGCUCUGUUCUUCUCCUUGCCUGCAUGAGCAUCAACCGCUACCUGGCCACCAUCUACCCUUUCGUGUUUCGGAGGCUGUCCAAGUACACCUGUGCUUGGCUAGCAUGUGGACUAGUGUGGGCCAUAGUAUUUUUCUACAUGCUUCCAUAUUUCAUCCUUAAGCAGGAUUAUCUUGUUCCACCAAAUAUCACCACCUGCCGGGAUGUCCACAGCACAUGUGAGUCUACACCUCCCUUCCACCUCUACCACUUCAUAUCCAUGACUCUCUUUGGGUUCUUGAUUCCAUAUGUGACUGUUAUUUACUGCUACACAAACAUCAUCUGUAAACUUAAUGCACAUGAUCCAAAGCUGCGGAGGUAUAUCAAGGCGAUUCUCCUCAUCCUUGUGAUUUUUACCAUUUGUUUUGUUCCAAGCAAUAUUCUAUUCGCCAUUUACUAUGCUAACUACUAUUCCAACAACACUGAAGGCUUAUACGUUAUCUACCUCAUAGGGUUGUGCCUAGGUAGCCUGAAUAGUUGCCUAGAUCCAUUCCUUUAUUUUCUCAUGUCUAAAGUCACAGAUCAGUUGAGGAUGUAGCUCAGCAGUAGAGUGCUUUCUUCACAGAGUGGGUUCAAUCCCCAGUACUGUGGGGAAGAGCAUGGGAGACGGAGAGGCCCAGGAAAAGUUUUAAAAAUAAUCUAAAAGUUAAAACAGAAAAAAAAGGUAAAGGGACACAAUUCACAGGAAAAGGAAAAAUUGUAGAUCGGUCCACUUUUUAUCUUACAGUGGUGAGAGUAUUUUAGAGAAGAAAUAAAACUGUGGAAAACACAUUUGUGUAGUGCAAGGACCUGUCCUCCAGCUCCACUGUUGGGUUCCUAAGAAACUGUGUUUUUAAAUAAACAAUAUCAAAGAUUUAAAUACUUUAUCAGUAUUUGAAGAAUGUCAAUGCAGGGGAAAAGUUAUCGCUAUUUUCUUUACAGCAAUGGACAUAUUUUGUUGGUCUUACUGGUACUUCAAGCUCUUCAGCCUCCUCUUCCUCCACCUGUGAGCAGUGCCACCUUGGAAUUUAGCAUCAUUUUUGAUUCUUCUGAUGGCUGCCUCAUCUGCUGAUUCUCUCUAUGUAGUAUGCCUCGUGAAGGUUCUUUAAAACCCUCAUCAGCUUAUACCACUGUCCUUGGUCUUUGAUGAAACAGAACAUCCAUUCUAUGAAGAUGUCAGCCUUCAAAAUUUUUAAUGGUGUAUACCUUGGAACAAGCUUUGCUAUACACCAAUAAUGCCAGCACCAAAACUUUCUUCUGAUAUUUUCCAAGGCCAGACUCUGGCCAAGGAAAGGCAAAGAAAUGCCACAAAUGUCCCAGAAUCAAAAUAGCAGAAGUUAAAAAGCAAACUCAAAGACCCAGUCAAACAAACAACAAAUCAAAUUUUUUUCAAUUAUUACGGGUUUAAAACUGGUGGUCAGCUUAACACCAGCUGAAUUAAAUCAGCAUGGUGCUGAGUGUAGAUGGUCCACCUGAGGAAAGUUGCCAGCAAAAAAAGAGACAUGGAGAGGAAUGGAUCAUUGUGGGUUCUCCUAAGCAUCGUUGUUUGGAGUCACUGAUUCCCCUGGAGGAGCUUGUCAUGGCUAGAUUCCCCAAUAUGAAUUCAGCCACUAUCAUCAGAGGAGCUCAGGACCUUGUCACUGAGAGUGGCUGUGGUUCCCUUUGCAGGAUGCUGGUCCGUACUUUGAGCAUCUCUUCCUGGCUCCAGAGGGGAAGAUGUGUGCCGUUUAUACUCUAGGGUUGUCACGCUGGCUCCCUGAUAAGUACUCAGCUGUUCUCAUCGUCAGAGGAACUUGGGAUCUCACUGUUGCUGAGGAUGGCUGUGGUACUUUUUGGAGGAGCCUUGGUCUUUGAGUGUCACUUCUGGUCUCCAGUGCGGAACCCUCAACUACUGGCCCAAGUCCUUCACCCACUGGCGUAAACUUUCUAGCUUCCACUGCUGACCUCUGGACCUUCCCAGUGCAGAUCCAUAAAAUAGACUUGCAUGAGUCAUUGUUGUGGGCUCUAGACCUCUAGUUGGACUUGUGGGAGGCAUUGGCAUGGGCUCUAGCUCUUCAGUUGUACUCAUGCAUAACACUGCCAUGGAAUCUGGGCCCUUAGCUAGAUUUUCUCAGGUCUUUAGUGUGGUGGACAGAUUUCCUGAAUUUCUUGUAUUUAAAUCUGGAUGACCAUCAUAAAAUAAUGCUGUGUA